GCCUCUUCCUUAUCUUAGGCUUGAUACUCUACCCUGCAGGUUGGGGAUGCCAGAAAGCAAUAAGCUAUUGUGGACAUUACGCUUCCGCUUACAAACUGGGAGACUGCUCCUUGGGCUGGGCUUUCUACACAGCCAUCGGUGGCACUGUUCUGACGUUCAUCUGCGCAGUCUUCUCAGCCCAAGCUGAAAUAGCCACGUCCAGUGACAAAGUGCAAGAAGAAAUAGAAGAAGGAAAAAACCUUAUCUGCCUCCUUUAA